UCGUCGGGCGCCGGCAGCAACACUUCCCAGUCUACUGCUCCAGCCACCGCGACGUCUUCUUCAACGGCUGCCAGUGCUGCUACCACUCAGGACGACAACCUCAUUUGCAAGUGGAAUCAGUGCAAUCUCAAGUUUGUCACGCCUGAGGCGCUCUACGAGCACCUAUGCGAGCGUCAUGUAGGCCGCAAGAGCACCAACAACCUGAACCUCACUUGCCAGUGGAACUCGUGCCGUACGACCACUGUUAAGAGAGAUCACAUCACCUCCCACAUCCGCGUGCAUGUGCCUCUGAAGCCGCAUAAGUGUGAAUUCUGCGGCAAGUCCUUCAAGCGGCCCCAAGAUCUGAAGAAGCAUGUCAAGACUCAUGCCGACGACUCUGUCCUUGUCCGGUCACCCCAGGACCAAGGGGGCAUGAAUGGGGCCUACCGCGCUCAGCCCGGCAAAGCUGCUCCUAGCUACUAUGAUCAUAAUGGCCAUAUUCGGACUAACGCGGCCGCCUUCCCCCAUCAGGCCCCUGGGCAUGCUAGCUAUUAUGGCGGGGGAGCCCCAGCUCCGUCUCCGUCUAUGGGUCUCUACUAUGCUCCUCCCCGUGGCCCGGACUACCUCGGCCAUCAUCAUCACCACGCUGCCGCCGGCUUCGACUCGCGUAAGCGGGCCUAUGACAUGGUUGAUGAUUUCUUUGCGACUGCCAAGCGCCGCCAGGUAGACCCGGCCUCGUAUGCCUCUGUCGGCCGCUCGCUACUCCCUCUCCAUGGCGCCCUCGCUCUCCAGACUCCCGCCCAUAUGCCCUCUGCCGAGUAUAUGGCCCACCAUCAGCAUGCCGUCCAUGCUGCCGCCCAUGCUGUGGCCCAUGAUGGCAGCCACCAUGGCGGCGGCCCGGCCGGCCCAGGACCCCUGGCGCAGCAGUACUACCUGCCGCCUAUGCCCAACGCCCGGACCAAGAACGACCUGAUCCAGAUCGACCAAAUUCUGGAACAGAUGCAGAGCACCGUCUACGAGAAUGCGAAUCAGGCGACCAGCGGUGUCCACAUCCACGGCCAGAACACUUUCGAGUUCCGACACAGCCCAUCUCCUCCUAUGGCCAACGGCCAUCGUGGAAGCAGCGGCGCCAUGUCCAUGGCUCCGGAGAAUUAUCAAGCCGCCGUCUCGGCGGCCCACAUGGCCUCUCCUCUCACCGCCAUCUCCUCCAACGGAACUCCUGCCGUGACACCCCCCUCCAGCAAUCUCUCCUACACCUCGGGCCAGUCGCCUAGCCCCUCCUCCUCUGGCAUGUCUCCUCAGUCGCGCCACAGCACCACUGCCGCCGCCAACUCCUCGGUCAUGUAUCCCAACCUGCCGGCCGUCAGCUCGGUCUUCCCGGGCCAAUCGACCACCUCGACCCUCGGAACCAACUUUGACAGCAACGAGCGCCGCAACUACGGCGGCGGCAUGCUCCAGCGUGCCAACCCCGCCCCUCGUCCAGCCGAGGCACCCACCUCCGCCCCCGGGCCCGUCAAGCCCGAACCUCCCCGGGCGGCCUCCUCCAUCAGUUCCCCGUCUUCCGAGUCGGAGACGAGCGAGAGCGCCCGAGAGCGCGAGGAGAAGUACGAUCAGUGGCUCGAGAACAUGCGGACCAUCGAGGCGUUGCGCGAGUACAUCCGCGACCGCAUCGCCCGCAGCGAUUUUAUCGACGACACUCACCGGGCUCAUCACGCCUCGCACGGAUCCCAUGGCCCUGCUCAUGGCACGCUCCCCUCGCAUUCCGCCCACGCUUCCCAGGAACGCGACAACCGGCAUCGCUCCCCCGAGGCCAUGGAAGUUGACUCGAAGAGGCCCGGCCCUAGCCCGGCGGCGCCCUUGUAUCCCGUCCUGCGGAUGCCGAACUAG